AUGGUGGACCAAACAGCACUCCCAAAGACGUCUGGCGCCUCCCGCCACUUAGAUAAUGAUGCUCCAAGGGAUGAGGAAGGCCUGUUGCUUGAAUACGAUGCGAUCAUCUGCGGUACAGGCUUGACUCAGUCGAUUUUGGCCUCCGCCUUGGCUCGCCAUGGAAAGUCAGUCUUGCACUGCGAUACUUCCGACUACUACGGCGAAUUGGAUGCCGUUUGGACACUACCGUAUUUGCAAGAAAAGUUAGGAAAGGGACACGAAUUAAAAGGAAAGAUGGUGACUGUCAGAACGGAUGAUUCAACCUGCAUUCCUCUGUCUCCAAAGGGUGGUUUGCAAAGCUUUCAAAUACAUUCUCUCGAGCGAAGGAACGACUUUACUGUAGAACAAGGAACAGCAGUAGUUACGCCUUAUGGGAAUGGCACAAUUAUAUCGAUUUCACCAAGGGGGCUCUUUCUUGAUUUAUUAGUUUCACUCGACACAUGGAAGCUAGCGAAUGGAAAAAACCCAUCUGUUCAUAUCUCCAUUCCGCAAUCCGCAGCGAGUACUGGCGCAGCUUUUCAGAAAUAUCUGAAGGAAAAACUCGGAAUAGUUUCCAUCGAUGAGCGUGAUGCUCAUUUGAUUUUGGACGAGCGUAGUCGGGGAUUCGCGGUAGACGCGACACCAGGAUUGCUCUAUGCCUCUGGCGCAUCGGUCGAAGGGUUGCUAAAAAGUGGCGUCGCCGACUACCUCGAGUUCAAGUCUCUCGAAGGCCUCCUUUGGUUGGAAAACUCCGACAGUUGCUUGGAACCCGUGCCUUGUAGUAAAAAUGAUGUUUUUGCAUCAAAACUUUUGUCACCCAUGGACAAGCGUCGACUUAUGAAGUUUCUGCAACUUGCGUUGGACUACGGCACAGCCCAUGCGUUGGCCGAGGAAGAAGCUUCUGCCGAAAACAACAAACAAGUCUUAUCUCUGAACGAGCGGUAUUUGAAUCAAGGGAGAUCUCUGGCACGUCCUCAAAAUAAGGCAGUACUAGCAGACGAUAUUCGAGCUCUGCAGGAAUUCAUACAGGCUGACAUGAAGUUUCAUGAGUACCUCGAAAGCAAACAGCGGUUGUCUCCCAAACUGUGCCGCAUAGUACGCCAUGCACUAGCGCUUGAAUCUGGCAAUGGUGAUUGGUCGUUGAGGCAGGGUAUGACUUCUUUGUGUCAACACAUGCAGGCUUUAGGAAGGUUUGGAACAACAGCUUUCUUGGUACCUAUGUAUGGAUCGGGUGAGCUUCCACAGGCCUUUUGUCGAUCGGCAGCCGUUUAUGGGGCUACCUAUUUGCUACGACUGAAAGCUGCCGCCAUUGCCACAGACGGUGAAGCUAGCGCGGCAAUGGUAAAAGAAGUCAUGUGCCGUCACAUGGUUGUUCCGCAGGAUUCUGUGGCUACACUUGAAUCAAAGUCUCGCCGCGUAUGGCGCUAUCUUUGUAUUUUCCGGGGGAAAGUUGUUGGCAGUAGUCGCUCUCCUCAACGGCACGCAAUCAUUGUUCCUCCUGGAGCGUUUGGUCCUGACGCUGUUCGUGGGGUCUUACUGGACGAGGGAGUAAAUGUGACUCCACACGUACCCUGUGGCUGUACCAUAUUGCAUCUUACCAUGGCGGUAGAGAACGAUACAGGAAUCGACCCGCAAGACAUAUUGCGACGAGUAUCGCUUUCGGUACUGUCCAGCAAGUAUGAAGGUAGCAAUGCUAUUCGCAUUUUUCAAGUAACAUUCAGCUACGCUCUACCAGAGGCAUCCAAUCAAACGAAGAAUGUUCAAAAUUUGCAUUGUGUUCAGCGCUCAGAACCAGGCCUUUCCGCCGAUUCCUCGUUUGAACAAGCCAGAGAAAUCUUUGCAGCAAUUUGCCCUGACGGGAAUUUCUUGGCCAUAUCUGAACAGGUUGAUACGGUUGUGAAAGAACGGCUUGGUGAGCAGAUUGAGGAGGACGCUGACGGAUUGGUUCUGGAUAGUGCAAUGGAUAUCAUUGAACCUAAAACAAGAGAGAGUAGUGCUACGUAG